AUGCCAGCUUAUUCCUACCACCGUAUUCUCCAGAGUUUCGGACGAUCCAUAAAUGACAAGACCCUCGAAUGUGACUUACGUCUCCUGCAGCAAUUCAAUCAGCACGCACCCGAGGCACUGGCAGAGCUUCUGGCGAGAGAAUCACCAGAGGAAAAACUUGAAGAAAGUGCCAACUUGAAUGACAACAGUUCCCAGCAUAUCUAUGAUUCGGCUGAUGAAUUUGACGAAGAUAUCAUAACCCUCCAAUCGGAGUCCAUGAUAUCACCUAACGCAUCCAAGGACAGCUUGGGAAGUAUCCCAGAUUCACUGAUCAGCAAUGCGAAAUUCAGCUCUGAUUCUGACAAGCCCGAGCCCGAGCCCAAGAAGCCGGAUCAUCGUCAUACCCACGUUGCUCGAACACUUGGGCAUGAAAUUCAUCUGUCGACGAAAUAUCGCAAGUCAGACGUUAAAGUUUACAGAGUUGAAAUCGCCAAGCCACAAAAUCGGCCUCUCAGAAGACGCAUCAAGCGGGGUAUCUCCCCUCAUGGGACGUAUAAAAUGAUGGGUGACGUGGUUCGCUAUGGGAUCAUUUCGCAAGCCCAGUUGAUGAAUCACCUUGGGAAGAUGGUAUUUGGGGGCGGCACAUUCAACGAAACAGCUCGCAAAUACUUUCAUGCACUGACAAAGGGUGAUGAAACUAGUCGGCCAACCUAG